GAGCGAUUUAAAGGGACAAUGUCCCCCGAGCGGUGGAGGCGGCGGCGGCUGCGGAGGCCGCGGCACCGGCACCGGGAGCGGCAAGGGCGGUAGCGGCAGCGACGGCCGCACCAAAGAAGGGAGCGCCGAGCCCCGGCGCCCAGCCGGCGGCGCCGCCUCCCCGACCUACAAUGCCUCACUGAGCCGGGCCAGCAGCUGAGUGGAGCCAAGCAGAAAGCAUCUAUGGAUGGGCCCCUGGCAGGCGGCCUGGCCGCCCCAGAUCGCCCUCGAGGCCCCGAGAGACUGCCUGGCCCAGCGCCGAGGGAGGACAUCGAAGGUGGGGCCGAGGUUGCUGAGGGGGAAGGUUGCAUCUUCCGGUCUACCCAUUACCUGCCUGUCACCAAGGAGGGCCCUCGAGACAUUCUGGAUGGCAGAGGUGGCAUUUCUGAUGGGCAGCCCCAUCCUGGCCUCAGCGAAGCCCUUCCCCGUGCCACCUCCGCCACCCAUCGGAUCAGCAGCUGCUGCUGGGAUGGAGGCAGCCUGGACUUCCAACCGGGCUCCCCCUCACCCCAUCCCCUGGGCCACUACCCAGGCCCCCCGGAUGGCCGGGGGCCCUGGGAGCACCCCCUGAUUCAGGAGGCUGGGGAGGACCUCCCAUCUGAGCAGAGGUUCGAGGACUCCGUCAUCGUGAGAACCAUGAAGCCCCAUGCUGAGCUGGAGGGCUCCAGAAGGUUCUUGUACCACCACCAGGGGGAAUCGAAGGUAUUUGAGAAGGUCCCCCGGGGCCGCCCCAGUUUCGACUGGCUGCAAGACGCAGACGAGGCGGUCCCGCUCCAGGACGUGGAGCUGGACAUGGACUUGCCUCCCCAGCCGCCACCCCUCACCUCCUUCAGGACAGUGCUCGUGCCCGUAGACGAUACCACGAAGACGUUGGAUGGGCCAGUGGUGGGCACCCUGGAGGGCCUGACCCAGCCGUCUGAGUGGAGCCUGCCCCGGUCCGCCUCAGAGGUGGCCACGCAGACUUGGAUGGUGAACUCAGAGGCAUCUGUGGAGCGGCUGCAACCGCUGCUGUCCUCCGUCCGGACGAGGCCCUACUUGUGCGAGCUCCUGGAGGAGGUGCCCGAGGGGGCAGCCAGCCCCGACGAGGACGAAGACGAGGAGCCAGCCGUGUUCCCGUGCAUCGAGUGCAGCAUCUACUUCAAGCAGAAGGAGCACCUCCUGGAGCACAUGAGUCAGCACCGCCGGGCCCCGGGCCAGGAGCCGCCGGCUGAGCUGGCCCCGCUGGCCUGUGGCGAGUGUGGCUGGGCCUUCGCUGACCCCAGUGCCCUCGAGCGGCACCGCCAGCUGCACCAGGCCUCCCGGGAGAAGAUCAUUGAGGAGAUCCAGAAGCUAAAGCAGGUCCCAGGUGAUGCGGGCCGGGAGGCACGGCUGCAGUGCCCAAGAUGCGUCUUUGGCACCAAUUCCUCCAAGGCCUUUGUGCAGCACGCCAAGCUGCACGUGCAGGAGCCGCGGGGCCCAGUGGCCCAGGAGCCCUUCGGGGGUGGCAGCGGGGCAGGCAGCCCAGGCCCCGAUGCCACCUCCCUCGCCUACCAGCCCUACAGAGACCCCUCGGGCCUCAGCGCCUGUGUUUUCUGUGGCUUCCCCGCGCCCAGUGAGAGCCUGCUGAGGGAGCACGUGAGGCUGAUGCACGCUCAUUCCCACUGGGAGGAGGAAGAGGAUGCUGAGGCUUUUGAGGAGGAGGGCCCUGCCAGCCGGCCCGGCACCAGCCAGGAUGCCUACACCCAAUUCUCUGAGGCUGCCGACUACUUUGGCAAAGCUGAGCCGCUCUUGGCCCCCACGUGGCGGGAGAAUCCUGCUGGAUACGACCCCAGCCUGGCCUUUGGCCCAGGCUGCCAGCAGCUGGGCAUGAGGGAUUUCCCACUGUCAAAGCCACUCCCACACUGCUCAAGCCAGAGGCCCCUGGGAAGGCCAACCUUCCCCUCACCACUAGCAUCCUCCGCCUACUCCUUACAGGCCAGCAGAAGCAAGAAUGCUGUCCAGCCUCAGGGGCUCCCAGCCCACCUGGAGGACCAGAGGCACCCAUGGAGCGAAGAGGAAGAUGAGGAGGAGGAGGACGAGGAAGAGGAGGAAUUACUGCUGGCCUCGGAGAUGGACUUUCCCCCCGAAAACAGGGUCUUUGCGCCGCCAGCCAGCCCCGGCCUCAUCCCACAGCCAGCCCUGGAGCUGAAGCGGACAUUCCGAGAAGCCCUGCAGGCGGCGGGGGCCUCGCGGGCACAGCAGCAGCAGCUCUGUGGGAUGGUGCCUGUAGUGCUGGUGGCGAAGCUCGGGCCACGAGUCAUGGCCGCGGCAGCCAGGGCCCCCCCAAGGCUGCAGCCUGGGGAACUGGGGCUGGGGGGCGCCCACCCCCUGGACUUCCUGCUCCUGGACACGCCACUGGGCGGCCCUCUGGGGCUGGACCCAUUCCUGGAUGGGGACCCAGGGGUGGCACUGAAGCCCGAGGAGCGGAAAUGCCCCUACUGCCCCGACCGCUUCCACAAUGGCAUCGGCUUGGCCAACCACGUGCGGGGCCACCUGAACCGCGUGGGCGUCAGCUACAACGUGCGGCAUUUCAUCUCCGCUGAGGAGGUGAAGGCCAUCGAGCGCAGGUUCUCCUUCCAAAAGAAGAAGAAAAAAGUGGCUAACUUCGACCCGGGCACCUUCAGCCUGAUGCGCUGUGACUUCUGCGGGGCCGGCUUUGACACUCGGGCUGGCCUCUCCAGCCACGCCCGGGCCCACCUGCGUGAUUUUGGCAUCACCAACUGGGAGCUCACCGUCUCGCCCAUCAACAUCCUGCAAGAGCUGCUGGCCACCUCGGCUGCUGAGCGGCCCCCCAGCCCUCUGUGCCGUGAAGCCGGGGUGCUGCCUAGUGGCUUCCUGACCUCCCGCCGGCCCCGCUUACCUCUUACAGUGCCCUUCCCACCCACCUGGGCUGAGGACCCUGGGCCAGCCUACGGAGAUGGCCUGGGUUCUGAGGAAAACGCAAUGGUGGCCAUGGACUUGGGCUCCCCCCCGCUUCCCAAGAAGAGCCUGCCUGUCCCUGGGCCCCUGGAGCAGGUGGCCAAUCGGCUGAGCAGCAAAAUGGCUGCAGAGGUUCCUCAUGGCAGCAAGCAGGAGCUGCCGGACCUCAAGGCCCAGAGCCUGACCACCUGCGAGGUCUGCGGUGCCUGCUUUGAGACACGCAAGGGCCUGUCCAGCCACGCGCGCUCCCACCUGCGGCAGCUGGGGGUGGCCGAGUCGGAGAGCAGCGGUGCCCCCAUUGACCUCCUCUACGAGCUCGUGAAGCAGAAGGGCCUGCCUGACACACCCCUUGGGCUGCCCCCAAGCCUGACGAAGAAGUCCAACUCGCCGAAGGAGAUAGUCGCUGGAGCCCCGCGACCUGGCCUGCUCGCCCUGGCCAAGCCCCUCGAUGUCCCUGCUGUCAACAAGGCCAUCAAGUCGCCUCCCGGCUUCUCAGCUAAGGGCCUGGCCCACGCGCCCAACUCCCCUCUCCUCAAGAAGGCAUCGCUGGCCCUGGCGGGCUCCCCUACCCAUAAGAAUCCUGAGGACAAGAGCCCCCAGCUGUCCCUGAGCCCCCGGCCAGCCUCUCCAAAGGCCCAGUGGCCCCAGUCUGAGGACGAGGGGCCCCUGAACCUCACUUUAGAUAGUGACGGGGGCAGAGAGCUGGACUGCCGGCUGUGCGGUGCCUGGUUUGAGACCCGCAGGGGCCUGUCCAGCCACGCCCGCGCCCACCUGCGCCACCUGGGCGUCAGCGACCCGGAUGCCAAGGGAUCCCCCAUAGACGCGCUCCACGGGCUCAUCCGGAGGGCCGGCGUCCAGAUCCGCCUCCCACUCGGGCGGGGCGCCCUGGCCCUGCUGGGGCGGCCGCCUCCCGCUCCUGCGGCCCUCUCCUUGCCCCUCCCCCCACCGCCGGCCAAGAGGGCCAAGCUGAAGGCCAAGGGUGCGGCCAGCCCCUGGGGGAAGCAGGACCUCCCGGCCGCCGCAGCCGCUGGCAUUUUCUGGGCCUCUGAUGUGGAGCCGUCUCCUCUCAACCUCUCCUCGGGCCCGGAGCCGGCACGCGACAUCCGCUGUGAGUUCUGCGGAGAGUUCUUCGAGAACCGCAAGGGCCUGUCGAGCCAUGCCCGCUCGCACCUGCGUCAGAUGGGCGUAACCGAGUGGUACGUCAACGGUUCACCCAUCGACACGCUGCGGGAGAUCCUCAAGAGACGGACCCAGUCCCGGCCUGGCGGACCCCCCAACCCAUCAGGGCCUAGCCCCAAAGCUCUGGCCAAGGUGGUGAGCAGCGGAGGUCCUGGCAGCUCACUGGAAGCCCGCAGCCCCGCGGACCUUCACCUCUCACCCCUGGCCAAGAAGUUGCCGCCAGCACCAGGCAGCCCCCUGGGCCACUCACCAACUGCCUCUCCUCCUCCCACGGCCCGGAAGAUGUUCCCAGGCCUCUCCUCACCCUCCCUGACCAAGAAGCUGAAGCCUGAACAAAUGAGGGUGGAGAUCAAGCGGGAGAUGCUGCCGGGGGCCCUUCAUGGGGAACCGCACCCAUCCGAGGGUCCCUGGGUGGCACCUCGGGAAGACAUGACCCCCUUGAACCUGUCAUCCCGGGCAGAGCCGGUGCGUGACAUCCGCUGCGAGUUCUGUGGCGAGUUCUUCGAGAACCGAAAGGGCCUGUCAAGCCACGCACGCUCACACCUGCGGCAGAUGGGCGUGACCGAGUGGUCCGUCAACGGCUCACCCAUUGACACUCUGCGGGAGAUCCUCAAGAAGAAAUCCAAGCCAUGCCUCAUCAAGAAGGAGCCGCCGGCCGGAGACCUGGCCCCUGCCUUGACCGAGGACGGGCCCCCCACAGUGGCCCCUGGGCCCAUGCAGGCCCCCUUGCCCCUGGCACCGAUGGCUGGCCGGCCAGGCAAACCCGGAGCUGGGCCAGCCCAAAUACCCCGCGAGCUCAGCCUGGCUCCCAUCACUGGCACCAAGCAUUCGGCCCCCAGCUACCUGGGCUCCGUGGCAGGCAAGCGGCCCCUGCAGGAGGACCGCCUCCUCCCCGCAGAGGUCAAGGCCAAGACCUACAUCCAGACUGAACUGCCGUUCAAGGCAAAGGCCCUCCACGAGAAGACCUCCCACUCCUCCACUGAGGCCUGCUGUGAGCUGUGUGGCCUUUACUUCGAAAACCGCAAGGCUCUGGCCAGCCAUGCCCGGGCACACCUGCGACAGUUCGGCGUGACCGAGUGGUGCGUGAAUGGCUCCCCCAUCGAGACGCUGAGCGAGUGGAUCAAGCACCGGCCCCAGAAGGCGGGCGCCUACCGCAGCUACAUCCAGAGCGGCCGGCCCUUCACCAAGAAGUUUCGCAGCGCUGGCCAUGGCCGCGACGGUGACAAGCGGCCGCCCCUGGGGCUGGCUCCUGGGGGCCUGGCUGCGGUGGGCCGCAGUGCUGGGGGUGAACCAGGGCCCGAGGCUGGCCGGGCCGCCGACAGUGGUGAGCGGCCUCUGGCGGCCAGCCCGCCAGGCGCUGUGAAGGCAGAGGAGCACCAGCGGCAGAACAUCAACAAAUUUGAGCGCCGACAAGCCCGCCCUCCAGAUGCCUCUGUGGCCCGGGGCAGUGAGGAGGCCAGUGACCUGCACCAGAAGCUGGAGGAGGUGCGGCAACCUCCGCCCCGGGUCCGACCAGUCCCCGCCCUGGUGCCCCGGCCCCCCCAGACAUCACUCGUCAAGUUUGUGGGCAACAUCUACACCCUCAAGUGCAGGUUCUGUGAGGUGGAAUUCCAGGGGCCCCUCUCCAUCCAGGAGGAGUGGGUGCGGCACUUACAGCGGCACAUCCUAGAGAUGAAUUUCUCCAAAGCGGACCCCCCGCCGGAGGAGCCUCAGGCCCCACAGGCACAGACAGCGGCGGCAGAGGCACCCUGACACAAGCAUUCCAGAACCCCUCUCACGCCGCCUUUCUCUCCUUUUUCUCCUCUCUCUCCGCCCUCUUUCUUUUCUGUUUCCAAAGGAGCAAGCCAAAACCUCAAACCGGCACCCUUCACGGGCCGGGCACACUACAGCCGGGGCACCGGAAGCCAGCUAGCCACCCUUCCCCUAGCCCGAGGACUCUGGGGCCACACACAGGGCAUCUUCCUCCAGUCCGCACCCACCCGCCCAUUUGGUUCAGCAGCGGCGGCGGCCAGGUGUCUGGCGGCAGCCAGUCCGUUCACAAGGGAGGAAGACCAGCGUUCUCCCACGUCCAGCAGCCAGGCGGGCUAUUUUUGCCAUCUGUGGCCACUUGCAAAGACCCCAAGGACCGCUGUCCUGGUUCCCUCUUGCCCCUGCCCCUGUGAAUAUCCUCUCACACACGCACGCACGCACGCACUCACGGACCUCGUGAGACCCGGGAAUCGGCCCCAGCCCUCCAGUUCCCGAGUCGAACGACUACCACGUCACGCCACGGUGCUUGCUCAGGAGAAGGCACGCUCCCUCUGCGGCCCUCUGCUGGGGCCUGGGAGCCCCCCACCUGAGCCCACAAUGCCACGGAAAUCCUUGUUGGCCGCCUCCCCCUCAUCCCUUGCAAGAGGGGCCUUCCCAGCCAGGAAGAGCUCAGAGCUGACAGCUGCCUCCUGCCGUGUCAAGGCCCCCCCCCAGAGUCUUGGGGGCUCUGGGGCCUGGGAGGGGGUGGGGGUGGGACUCUCCUUCCCCACCCUCACCCCCCCUCCCUCUUUUCACUGUUGCUUUCUAUGUAUAGCUCCCUAGACCUUUCACUUUUUUAAAAACGCGUUUUGUGUAGAGAAUAAGGAACGUGGAUCUUUUUAUUUUGCAAUCCUGGGCCAGCUAGAAACUGGGAGCCGAUUGCCCUUUUAACUUUUUUCAGUGGCCACAUUUUGGUUAUCGAUGUACCUAGAAGUAUGUAAAUUAGAUUAAAUUUCUCUUCUGGAAACA